GGUUUAAAGGCCCUGGUCGGUUCCUGACGGGCAUAGUCAUCAUCAGGGCGGCCUACGGUUCAGUCUGGAGAUACUGACGGAGAGACUUUGUCAAAACUACCUCGAUAUUUCUAGAAUGCUAUUCAAUCUCAAUGCUGGAACUACUACUUACCGGUGCAUCGGGCUACAUUGGAGGCGCUGUCCUCGACAGAUUCGUCAAGGCGAACAUCCCAAAUCUCAGGAUUACUGCGUUUGCAAGGAACAAGUCGUAUGCUGACAAGAUCGCCGCUAUCUAUUCAGACUACGACCUGUCUGUUGAAGUUGGCGAGGCAGGAUACGAUGACCCCGUAUUUUCUACUCUUGUCUCGAACGCAGAUAUCAUCGUGCAUACUGGAAACUCCUCGGACGACCAACUGUCGGCGAACGUUAUCGCGGCGGGAAUCAAAGACGGGGCAUUACUCAUUCACACCUCGGGCACAUACAUUCUCACCGACGAGAGCGAGAACGAUACGUUGGUUACUCGCAAGUUUGACGACGAGGCAGAUAUCGAGACAAUCACGUCCUGGGGCCUCGAACAUCAUCACCGCGAUAUCGAUCUCAAGAUCCUCGGUAUCCACGCCGUGAAACCAAAAGUCAACACGAUCGUCGUCUGCCCGCCUCUAAUCUACGGCAACUCAUCGGGCCCGAUCAACAAAGUCUCUCAGCAAAUACCGAUAACGAUUCGCAUCGCGGCGCAAGCGAAAGCAAACCGAUGCUUUGGUGAAGGCAACGCGAUCUGGAGUAGCGUGCAUAUCGACGACCUCGCUGACUUCUAUCUUUUACUGCUCACCACUUACUUGCGAAACCCCUCAGAGCUAGCGAUGAACGAGCUGGGCUACUACUUUGCUGAGAGCGGCGAACAGAGUUGGAAGUCACUGGUUUCCGCACUUGAUGCACCGUUAGUGAAAUACGGCGUGAUCGACGAGAACCACACCUCCAAGACUGAGAAACCGUGGUCUGUCUCUGAUCUAGCUCAAGUUCUGGGCGAGAAAUCAGCGCAGGGCUUGUACAAGGCGUUCAUCAGCAACUCGGGCUCGAAAGCCACGAGAGCAAGGAAGCUGGGAUGGCAGCCGAAGAUGGGGGAUGUAUACGCCUAUCUUGACGAGGCCGUUAAGACAUUUGUCGACGGAAGAUGAUCAAAUACAAAAUAGCGGUAU